AUCUGAGCCCAACUUGCACCUGCCCGCCGUCCCCAACAGCGUGGGACGCGCUGCCCGCGCCCUCCUUUCGUGGACUCGAAGAUGGACCACCAGCUCAUCCCCGUUAGCUGUUUGUUAAUUUGACUAGUCAAAUUCAAUGGGAGUGGUAGAUGGUUGCUUGUAAUCGAGAGGUAUCUGUUUGAAACAUACUGCAAUUAAUAUGUGCCGGUGGAGGAAGACGAAGACACAGUUCGGUCCCAGUCUUCGGGUGAAGCCGUUGUUCAAAGAGGCUGUGGCUUGUUAUAACUGGUUAUUGGGGCCUCGUUUCAGGGCCAAUCCGCAUUAAAAAUUGUUCUUUUUUGUUAUUUUUACUGCUAUCAUGCUAUUUCUGAGGAGAAAUAUGAUGUGUUUUACCUUCUCUCACCUCCGCCCGUCCCAUUUGUAGACAAAGCUUAGCACUUUUCUUUAUUGUAUAUGUUUAUUCUUAUUCUUCGCCCCUCCAUCCUCCCUCCCUCUCGCCUUUCACGAGGCCUUCGAAUGAGGCCCGCGGGCUGGUAGAUGAGCAGCGGCAGGACGCCGCCCGACCGAUGGAGCAAGCUCCGGCCGACGCGCGGUCCGCCCACCUCUUCGCCGACAACCUCAAGGGCUUCCUCCUCGCCGUCGCCUCCAGCGCCUUCAUCGGAGCCAGCUUCAUCAUCAAGAAAAAGGGCCUCAAGCGCGCCGGCGCCUGCGGCUCCCGCGCCGGCAUAGGUGGGUACGGAUAUUUACUGGAGCCUCUGUGGUGGAUCGGGAUGGUCACAAUGAUUGUUGGUGAAAUUGCGAAUUUUGUGGCCUACAUGUUUGCCCCAGCUGUUCUUGUCACUCCGCUGGGUGCUUUGAGUAUCAUUGUUAGUGCCAUUUUGGCCCAUUUUAUUCUCAAAGAGAGAUUGCAGAGGAUGGGUGUGUUGGGCUGCGUGCUUUGCAUGGUGGGUUCAACAGUUAUCGUGCUCCAUGCACCAGAGGAGAGGACCCCGAGCUCUGUUGAACAGAUAUGGGAUCUAGCGACACAGCCAGCCUUUCUUUUGUAUGCGGCUUCAGCAGUUGCAGUAUCUCUGGUGCUUAUGUUGCAUUGUUCUCCACGGUUUGGGCAGACAAACAUAAUGGUGUACUUGGGCAUAUGCUCUGUAAUUGGAUCUUUGACGGUGAUGAGUAUUAAGGCCGUAGGAAUUGCAAUCAAGCUUACAAUGGAGGGCAUCAAUCAAGCUGGUUACUUCCAGACAUGGGUAUUUGUGAUGGUGGCAAUAUCCUGCAUCAUAAUUCAAUUGAACUACUUGAACAAGGCAUUGGAUACUUUCAAUACUGCAGUUGUUUCUCCCGUCUACUAUGCCAUGUUCACAAUUCUUACAAUAUUAGCAAGUGCCAUUAUGUUCAAGGAUUGGUCUGGGCAGAGUGCAAGUAAUAUUGCAUCAGAGAUUUGUGGGCUUAUUACAGUAAUUUCCGGGACUACAGUGUUACAUUCUACAAGAGAACCAGAUCCACCUUCCUCUUCAGAUUUAUAUGCACCACUCUCUCCUAAAAUAUAUUGGCACAUCCAAGGAAAUGGUGAUCUGGGAAAGCUCAAGGACGAUGAUUUGUUGUCUGGGGAAUUUGUUGCUGUGGUUCGACAGGAUUAUUUCGUUUAGGCAAUGGGGAUAAUACCUGGCAUCAUUUUAUGAGCUCAUGUGCUUCAUGAUUGCCUUUGAUUAUGUGAUGCCAGGCCUAUGCAAAACACAACUUGAUGAUUGAUGGCUGGAGAUCGAAUAGAAGUUUUGUAGAUUAUAUAGUGGACCAAAAUUGCUGAUGUUCUCUGGUUGUGGUUCCCAUUUCAUAUGGUCAUCUGGGAGAUGCUUCCGUGCUCCAUGCUCUAGUUCUGUAAGCUAUUAUUCUUCGAGUCUCUUGUUGCUGAUAGUUGCAGCCAUGCAAGUCUUGGUUUUCCAUUUAGUUGGUAAUGGCUGUAUUGUGGAUGUGGUUUAGCCCUGGAUGUACUGAGAGGAUGGUGAUUGCAGGUCUUUUGGUGUAUUCUACUGUACAGUUCAUUUUCUUUAGCUUUAUCAUGGAAGUUCCUUAAUUUAUUUCA